UCGGAUGGCUGCGAAUUAUACGGUGGAAUCCAUAAUUUUAAUCUGAAUGUAUAAUUCACUAAUUUUGUGGCUAUAUAAAGCGGUGUACGCCUUUACAUGAUCUUAAGAUAAAAUGAAUUUGCUAGUUACAAUUGUGCUGCUUCUUGUACAGGUGUUUGCUUGUACUGCGGUGGGUAACGGUUCUGCGACAUUAAAUCAACUUCCCAAUUACGCCGCACAGAAUGUUUUCGACCCGAAUGCAUUUGUGCAGACCGAUGAUGGAUUCGUUUUUCCGUCUGUAUCAGAAACGUUAGCCGUCAAUAAUCAGUAUGGACUUUUGCAAGAUCAUUUCCUAUUGCUAAAAUUGCAACAACUGAACAGAGAAAGAAUUCCCGCUAGGGUGGUACAUGGAAAGGGCGCAGGUGCCACAGGCUACUUCAUCGUCACAAACGAUAUAUCCAAAUACACUAGAGCCGAUUUCUUGCAGUUCGAGAUCCAAUGA